AUGACUUGGUGCAAUGACAGUAGCGAUGUUCAGACCGUUGAAACAAUCAUUCUCUCCCCAACAGUGGCUAAGUCUCCUGCAGCCUCAUUUCCAGUCUCUUGUCACAAAACCUGUCCUUCUUGUGGCCAUAAAUUCAAGUUUCAUGAACAGGCGGGGAUCCAUGACUUGCCGGGACUGCCUGCCGGAGUGAAGUUCGAUCCGACAGAUCAAGAGGUAUUGGAGCAUCUUGAAGGAAAGGUAAGAGACGAUGCAAGAAAGCUUCAUCCUCUCAUCGAUGAAUUUAUCCGUACCAUCAACGGUGAAAAUGGUAUCUGUUACACUCAUCCUGAGAAAUUGCCAGGUGUGAGCAAGGACGGGACGGUCCGUCAUUUCUUCCACAGACCGUCAAAGGCAUACACGACGGGAACAAGAAAGCGACGUAAAGUUCACACUGACUCCGAAGUAGGCAGCAGCGAGACACGGUGGCACAAGACCGGUAAAACACGGCCAGUUCUCACCGGAGGAAGAGUGAGAGGCUACAAGAAAAUCCUAGUACUCUACACAAACUAUGGCAAACAAAAAAAACCCGAGAAAACAAAUUGGGUAAUGCAUCAAUAUCAUCUUGGUACCAACGAGGAAGAGAAAGAAGGUGAACUAGUCGUCUCCAAAAUCUUCUACCAGACUCAACCACGCCAAUGCGGUGGCUCCCUUGCGGCUGCAGCCACGGCAAAGGAGCGGCCUUACCUCCAUGGCCAUCAUCUCGGUGGUAAUGGUGGUGGUCGCCAUCUUUAUCAUAAUAACGGUAACGUUAAAGGCAAUGGCGGUGGAGGAUCCGCCGGAGCCAGUGAGUAUUAUAACAAUAUUCCCGCGAUUAUCUCGUUUAAUCAAAGCGGGAUACAGAACCAUUUGGUUCAUGGUGCUCAACCUUUUGUCCCUUAAAGAAGAGAAAUAACUUUAUAUGGACGGUCGUAAAAUAAGAAACGCUCUAUAAU